GGGAGAAGGAAGCCGCCGCCGGAGCAGCCGCCUCGGGAGCCCGCCAGCGCCUCUCCCUCCAGCCGCCGGGCUGCAGGAGCUGUCAAGAAGGCAGCGGCGCCCUCUCCUCUACCCCCCCUCCCCGCGUCUUCUCCUCCUCCUCCCCAGCAGCAGCUGCAAUUGACGCUGCUCCCCCCCCCGCGCUCCCUCGCCCUUGCAGAAGCUGCGGUUCUUGCCGGGGUUUGCAUGGAGCUGCUGGCCCGGGCGAGCGCUGGCCGCCGCGCCUGCCCUCCCAGGGGGACGUGCUAGCCCCAGCCCAGGCGCCUCGGAGGACGGCGGCGGCGGCGGCAGGAGCCGGCUUGGGAAGGCGGCACGCGGCGGGUCUAGGCCGCCCGCGAGGAGGAGGCUGCCCCCGCGCGGAGGAUGUUGACCUGCCGUGGCUGCUGGUGCUGGCAUUCUCCAUCGGCCGUGCUGCCUUGAGUCCGUCCAAUGCGCAGAAGUAUCCAGUGGUUUAUCUUGUACCCCCAGGGGGCAUCAAUGCAUGAGCUUACAGUUACCUAAGCUGCCUCCAGUAAACACUCCUGGCUUGCCUUUCUGACCAGACCAAAGGGCUGCUUCGAUUUCAAGAUGCUUAUAAAGGAGUAUCGGAUUCCUCUUCCGAUGAGCGUGGAUGAGUAUAGGAUUGCCCAGCUGUACAUGAUCCAGAAAAAGAGCCGAGAAGAGACGUGUGGUGAAGGCAGCGGUGUAGAGAUCUUGGAGAACCGUCCAUACAGAGAUGGUCCUGGUGGCAACGGGCAGUAUACCCACAAAGUAUACCAUAUUGGUAUGCAUAUUCCCAGUUGGUUUCGGUCUAUACUGCCCAAGGCAGCAUUAAGAGUUGAAGAGGAGUCGUGGAACGCAUAUCCUUAUACAAGGACAAGGUACACAUGCCCAUUUGUGGAGAAAUUCUCUAUUGAUAUUGAAACCUAUUAUAUAGCUGACUCAGGAGAGCAAGUCAACGUGUUCAACCUUUCCCCUGCAGAGAAAAGGCAGACAGUUCUUGAUCCUAUUGAUAUUGUUAAAGAUCCCAUCCCCCCACACGAGUACAAGUCCGAAGAGGAUCCCAAGAUGUACAGAUCAGUGAAGACAACCCGAGGCCCUCUUUCAGAAGACUGGAUCAAAGAGCACAAGAGCAGCCCUGGGAGAUACCCCAUCAUGUGUGCAUACAAGCUGUGCAAAGUGGAAUUCAGAUACUGGGGGAUGCAAUCUAAAAUCGAGCGCUUCAUUCAUGAUGUCGGCUUGCGGAAGGUGAUGGUGAGGGCCCACCGGCAGGCUUGGUGCUGGCAGGACGAAUGGUACGGGCUGACCAUCGAGGACAUCCGGCAGCUGGAGAAGGAGGCCCAGCUGAUGCUGGCGCAGAAGAUGGCCCAGUUCAGCUGCAACGAGAACGAAGUGGAGCCGCACCUUCCCAACGACCCUCUGAGUGAAAACGACGUGGAAACAAAGGCCAUAUCCCCGUCCACCGAGACGGUGGACUCUGCUAGCAAUAUCAGCGAAACCUUGUCGGGGCGAGUGCUGACCAAGCAGUGGUCGACGUCUUCCAAGUCCUCUUCGAAACGAGGAACAAGCCCCUCACGCCAUAGCAUAUCCGAGUGGAGAAUGCAGAGCAUUGCAAGGGAUUCAGACGAGAGCUCGGAUGACGAAUUCUUCGAUGCACACGAGGACCUGUCUGAGAAUGAAGAGGUGUUCCCAAAAGAAAUCACCAAAUGGAGCUCAAACGAUCUCAUGGAUAAGAUUGAAACCCCUGAAUCUGAAGAAGUACCAGAUGAUCCGUGUCUUGAAUCGGCAGCAGAGUAUAAUGUUGGAUCCAGUGUGGAAAGACUCGGCAUCAUUGAGGAUGAGGUGGUCCCGCUGCUUGUGCAGCCGAGCAAAAUCCAUGUCUUGCUUUUGGUUCUGCACGGGGGCAACAUCCUGGAUACUGGAAGUGGUGACCAGAGCUCUAAGCAAGGGGACGUCAACACCAUCGCCACCGCCUUUGACACUGUCAUUCGGGUCCACUACCCAGUGGCUCUUGGACGGAUUGCCAUCAAGUUGGUCCCUUGCCCAGCCAUUUGCUCUGAAGCAUUCUCGCUCGUUUCUAACCUCAGCCCUUACAGUUACGACGAAGGCUGCCUUUCCAACAGCCAGGAUCACAUUCCACUCGCAGCACUUCCUCUGCUGGCCACCUCAUCCCCACAGUACCAGGAAGCUGUAGCCACGGUGAUCCUGCGAGCCAAUCAGGUCUACAGCGAGUUCAUCAAGUCCCAGGAAGGCACGUCAUUCAGUGGCCAGGUGUGUUUGGUUGGAGACUGCGUAGGAGGGAUCCUGGCCUUUGACGCUCUGUGCUACAGCAAUCAGGCCACAUCAGAGAGUCAGAACAGUAGUCGACGAGGGAGUGUCGUAAGUGUGCAGGACACUGAUCUCUUGUCUCCUGGAAUCAUUGUGAACAACAGCUACUGCUCCGGGGGCAGCUCCAGCCUGGAAGCCAGCCGACACCUCAGCCGGAGCAACAUCGACAUCCCUCGCAGCAAUGGAGAGGAGUCCAAGAAGCUGCCGCUGCGCAAGACAAGCGACUCGUCGACCUAUGAGCUGGACACCAUCAAGCAGCACCAAGCAUUCCUCUCGAGUUUACAUUCUAGCGUUCUGAGAAACUACCCUGGAUCGAGGAGAUCCAGUAGCUCCACCGUGCUGGAUGGAGGAAACCUUGGGAAGUUUGAAUUUGAGAUCACAGAUUUCUUCCUCUUUGGAUCACCUCUGGGGCUGGUCCUCGCAUUGCGAAAAACCGUUGUUCCCACUCUUGACGUUUUCCAGUUGAGACCAGCCUGCCAGCAAGUCUAUAACCUGUUCCAUCCUGCAGACCCUUCUGCCUCACGCUUGGAGCCUCUUUUGGAGAAGAAGUUUCACAUUCUGCCACCCUUCAGCAUCCCGCGCUACCAGCGAUUCCCUCUCGGGGACGGUAAUUCCGCCCUCCUGGUUGAAACAGUCCAGAGCAACCCUCUCCUCCUCGUAGAAAGCAGCCCUCUAGUUGCUCUCCAGAACCAGGACAGCUUCGUGGAAACCAGUAUCCCUGUUCCCAUCCUGAAUUGGCAAGAUGCUUCCAGCAAAAAUUUCGGAUUUGCUGAGUCAGAUGUUGUUCAGUCUCAUGGUGGCAUCUUCAUGGAAAACACGUCCCCUUCUGCUCCCAUUUCAGCCCCCCAGUUCAGGGGCUUCCGGAGAGCCAGCGAGACAAGCAUUGCCAGCCAGGUCUCGGGAAUGGCAGACAGUUACACUGCUUCCAACGUAGCCAACAAAAACAAAAGCCCUCUCGCCCAUUGCAGGGGGUUUAGCCUCCUAGCCCAGCUUGCUCUCCCGCACAAAUCCCCCACCCAGUCCUCACCCAAAAGACAUAGGGCACCUAAACCUGAAAAAUCCCUGAAUCCCUUUGGAGAAAGGUUUGGGAGCUCUUCCCAUCAGGAAGUGGAUUUCAUUCUGCAGAUCCCAGACCUGGACAUCGCGAAAGUCGCUGCGAAAUGGUGGGGGACCAAAAGGAUCGAUUAUGCGCUCUACUGCCCGGAUGCAUUGACUGCCUUCCCCACGGUAGCCUUACCGCACCUUUUCCACGCAAGCUACUGGGAAUCCACAGAUGUGGUCUCUUUCCUGCUCAGGCAGGUUAUGAGGCACGAGAACUCGAGUAUUCUGGAGCUAGAUGGGAAGGAGGUCUCCGUCUUUACACCUUCCAAGCCCAGGGAGAAGUGGCUACGUAAGAGGACCCACGUUAAGCUAAGGAAUGUCACAGCCAAUCACCGGAUAAACGAUGCCAUUGUCAAUGAGGACGGUCCCCAGAUGUUAGCUGGGAGGUUUAUGUAUGGCCCAUUAGACAUGGUCACACUCACAGGAGAAAAGGUGGACAUUCACAUCAUGACACAGCCUCCGUCUGGAGAGUGGGUUUACUUUGACACGGAGGUCAGCAACAGCAGUGGCAGGAUCUCCUACUCGAUCCCCGAGAACAGGCGGCUGGGAAUCGGCGUGUAUCCCGUCAAAAUGGUGGUCAGGGGGGACCACACGUAUGCUGACAGCUACAUCACUGUUCUGCCCAAGGGGACUGAAUUUGUGGUCUUCAGCAUUGACGGUUCCUUUGCAGCCAGCGUUUCCAUCAUGGGCAGUGACCCCAAAGUGAGAGCUGGAGCAGUCGAUGUAGUAAGGCACUGGCAAGACCUCGGCUACCUCAUCAUCUACGUCACCGGCCGGCCCGACAUGCAGAAGCAACGAGUGGUGGCCUGGUUAGCCCAGCACAACUUCCCCCACGGGAUUGUCUCUUUCUGCGAUGGGCUGGUACACGACCCACUCCGGCACAAGGCCAACUUCCUGAAGUCCCUCCUCACAGACCUCCACAUGAAGAUCCACGCGGCCUACGGCUCCACCAAGGACAUCUCGGUCUACACCUCCAUCAGCCUGCCCCCUUCUCAGAUCUACAUUGUGGGGCGGCCCACCAAGAAGUUACAGAAUCAGUGUCAGUUCAUCACGGAAGGCUACGCUUCCCACCUGGCGCAGCUGGAAUACACCCACCGCUCCCGGCCUGCCAAGAACACGACCCGGAUGGCCCUCCGGAAAGGCAGCUUUGGCCUCCCCGGCCAGGCGGAGUUCCUCCGCAAGCGGAACCACUUGCUGCGCACCAUCUCGUCCCAGCCCCCAGCUGCCGGCGGGAGUGCCAGCCACAGGCCCGAGCGGACGCAGAGCCAGUCGGAGAGCGAGCGGGAGCGGGAGCGCGGCCAGAGGAGCAUGAGUCUUGCCACGGGAUGCUGGGGCCGGAGCGCAGCCUCCAGACUCGAACCUGGGACCCUGGGGCAGAAGUAACGCUGGCCGAGACCCAAGCACGGGCAGCCGCAAGCGCUUGCGGCGGAAGCAGAACAAGUGAAGGAGCCGAGGCCUACCGGGUGGGACAAAAAGGCAAAAAUGGUGCUACUCGUUGCCAGUGAGGCGGCAAUAACUUUGGGAGAGGACGACAGAGAGUUGUGGGUUUUCCCCACACACAACAUGCAGGCCUUACAGCAGGGGUGCUCAGUUUGCGGAGCGGUGCCCUGAGGGAAAAAGGAGUUGCCUUUUCAAGGUGAGAGGUGCUGGAAGAGGGACGUCCAAACAGCCUCUGGGUGCAGCCCCCACUCCUUCCUGCCUCCCUCCUCUUAUCCAGGUUCCGCGGUUGUAAAUAUGUGCCUCCUCUGCUUCUUCGCCACCAGUCAGAAGGAUGCCGCUGGGGAGGGGGCACCUCGGUUCCGUGGGGGGGGGGCAGAACUGGACGAAUCGGAGGGGAGCGUGGGCACAGGUGUGUUCUGUGGCCUGGACAGAGGGACGCUGCUAGAUCACCACCACUUGACAACCAAGAAACACGGCUCAGAUUCCAGAAUCCAGCUGGUGAUGGGAAGUACACGAUACAGGACAAAGAAGCGCAGGUCUGCUCUGUAUUCAGGCAUGGAGCAGAGUCCCUUUGGCCAAUCGCUAGCAAUGGCUAGUUCAAGGCUGGCGGCGUGGAGUUGGUGUUGGGUGGUGGUAGGGGUUUUUUAAAGAGAAAAAGUCCAAACAAACAUUAGAGGGGAAAAGAUGGUUUUGGAUGCUGAUGGGUUGCACUUGUACCGAAAAAGAAUGCAGGCAACAGGAGCCACCUUGAAUUUCUGCCCCUCCGUGGACGUUGGUUGCAAGAGAGGCUACUCAGUUUUCCAGUCCUUGCGAAAUCUACAGGAGGCUUUAAGAAAUUAACCACAGGCUAGUUUCAAGCAUCUGGAGAUCAACACCUAAAAGACUGCUACAUUUUCUCAGCCUAAAAAAUAGCGAAGUCCAAAUUCUUCCCCCUGCUCUGCCCAUUUUUUCCUGCCUCUCCUCCCCCACAUCGGAAUCAUUCCUUCUUCCUAACUUUGGUAACAGCUUUUGAUGGAGGAUGUAAACUUGCUUGCUUUCUAACUGUACUUAGAAAGGCAACUGUACAAUGAGGCAACUGUAAAACCUCGUUGUUUUUAUUUGUUUUGCACUGAUAACUUUUAGAAAGGAGCCCUGUUACUAUUUUAUGAAGCUAUAACCUCCAUAUUUAUAGUGCAUGAGAGUUAAAUGUUGCUAAGCCAGAGUUCGUUCUCUCUCUCUCUCUCUCUCUCUCUCUCUCUCACACACACACACACACACACACACAAACACACACACACACUAACACUGGAGUAGGGAGCACUUCCCCCACCUUUUCCUACCAACAGUUAAAGAGCGCAAACAAAGAGAUACUAGGCAAUGCUUCUAGGUUGUGCAACCCAGUUAGGACAUGCAAAUCUAGAAAAAAGGAUGGAGACCAUCUUCAAUGUCCCUCACUUCUCCCUGUGCAGGUGUUUCAGAUUUGGUGGGUUUGGUUUGUGGCUGCCCUCUACCAGCUCAGUUUUGAAGUGCACGGUUGCUUUAUAACACUCUCUAGUAGACAUUAUAGAACAGGAGCAACUGCAGAAGGGAAAGUGCUUGCAAGGAAGGGUCUGCAAUGCUCUGGGACAUCCCCACCACCCUUCACGCUCUGUCAGGAUCCAGAAUUUCCUGCUGCUCCUAAGGGAGCUUCCUUCCUGAACACCAUUAGCCCAGGAUCAAGGAAGACCUGUUCUCAAUCCCAAUAUUGGGGUUGCCCUUUCUUGCCGAUAGCUUCUGGCAAUUUUAAUAUUUGCACAAGUGUCCUCCUUGGUUCGGCAUUCCCUUUCUUCUCCCACCUUUCACCAUUUGUACCACUUUCUACAAAGCUCUUUUAUGUAAAACAGUAAGUUUUUCUAGACUAACAGCUUUUUCCUUAAGUUCCCCCCCCCAAAAAAAACCCAAGACUUGCAGCACUGUGAAUGUGGCCCCUUUCAAACCACAGCGGGGGCUUUGACAACUCAUCCAGACAUUAAAAGCAAGCAAACAAAACAAAAAAGUGGGGGGACGUUGAGAAUUUGCUGCUUGGAUUUCAACAUCAGAUUCAAGAGGUGUGCUCCGUCCAGCAGGGCACCAUUCUCUCAUUUAUCCUCCGUUAAAACUGCUGCUCUUUUGAAAUGGAGCUUGUCCAACACGUCUCCGUGGCCAAGCACAGAGCCAGUUUAGGCCCAUAUCCAAGUUUAGGUAGGUAGCCAUACUGCAAGUUUCUAAGCCACUCAUCUGUGCUAAAAGCGAGCAAGGAGGUUCUGGCUGAUUUUUACGACUGAAGAAAACAAAACUCUUGGCUUCCCUUUCUGCUCACUCAGGCUAGUUCUUUGCAAAUGUACAUCCAGAACUCUGGAGGUGGAGGAGAACCGACGUGGAUGGCAUCCUAGCUCUUUGCCAGCUCAUCAUCGCUCAUCUGGUCAUGCAAGCUCCAAUCCACUCUGUUCAAGUUAACCAGACCAUCCUCGCGCGAGAGAGAAAAGGUGGCCAGAGUGUGAGGAUGCACAGUCUAGGGCUGACCUUCCCCCACUUUUCAGUCUCCCUGCCAAACAGAGUCCACGAGCCAAGACGCAGCAGAGACACUUUUCAAACUUCCAACAAGAAGUUUGAUGUCCUCAUCGUGUGUGUGUGUAGAUAAUGUAAAGCAAAGGACAAUGUACAUGUUGAGUGGGGGGCGGGGGGAGGAAGUGGGUAGAUAUAUAUGAAGUGAAAGUUAUUUAUGUUAUGUAAAGAAAUGAUGUCUGGAGGGGAAGAAACCUUCAGAAUUUAUUGAGAUUUCAAAGUCUAGCUUCCCCACCCCGCCCCUUUUGGUUUAAGGCAUUAGGCACAAAAUGACGAUUUUACAGGCCACGUUUAAUGUAAACUGUCAAAGGAUGCAAAGUGCCAUCUUGGAACGGCUUCUCCUCCACCCACAUUUGAAACCGUCCACAAGAGCGACAAUACGCCCCGUGUGCAUUCAGCUCCUUGGCCGAGCUUCUUGCCUCUUCCAGCCAUCCUCCCUCUCUGUUGUUUACAUGAGCGCUUGUGUUCCGGGGAAGAGAAAAACCCCUUCGUUCAGCACCCUUUGCUUUGCUGUGGCAAUACUAGAUGACAGGAGCAUGUGUCCAGAGAAGACAGAGGUGGCUCGGGUUGGCUUCGUGUCUUUAAAGCCACCUGCCAAGGGGCUGUCGUUCCAGCCCUCAGCCUUUACAUGCUACCACCUGCCCCCCUCUGCGUUGUCCAGUCUUUGGGGUGAUCAACUUGCCCCUUCUGUCACAUUCAACAACCAUAGCAAUAGCUCAGUUUGAAUGGAGGGUUGUUUCCUUUCUGUGAAGGAAAGGAGAGUGGUGUGGUGUGGCAAACUCAGCCUCCUUUUUUGCAGAGGGGCCGGACUGACGCACAUUUGGAAUCUGGGGCUUGUUCCCUCCCCCCGUUUGUCAUGAUAGAAGAUGUUCUUGUCAGGUGAAAUUUCCCCAGCUUUCCCUUGAUUGAGAAGGACAGCUCAGCACUAGUUUACAACUGGAGGCUGUUAAGUAUUAGGGCUGUUCUCACAAUCAGAACUUGGGUAGAAAAAGAGUCCUACCCAACUCCAGGAGCUGUGUGCACUCCUGGACUCGGAUUCUGCGCGAGUGGAAAACAAGGCCAGAGGCGGUGAUCUUGUGUGCCAAGUCUCAGCGGCUUAGAAGGAGCACGCCCUCCCUGGAUUCCACCCCCAGCUUUGGAACCAGGUAGGAGAAAAACCCUCCCACCCAACUGGGGCUGAGCAAAUGAUCAAGAUCCUCCCCGGCAGACUCAUUCUGCACUCACAGACAGUCAGGAAUUGUGGGUACACACAGCUCCAGGACUGAGGCGUCCCCAUCCGCCUAGUUAUCUUCGUGAGAACUGCCCUAUUAAGGGCACAUCUCUGGCGUCUUCACACAUUCACAGCUCAGUAAGGGAAGUGUCCCUGGCAAGGUUGGGUCUGGUCUCUCCCAGGAACGAUAUCUCCUGUGGGAAGCCCAGGAUUGUACAAACCUAUCAGCUGUGCACAUGGAGGGUGGAUCUGUGAAGACAAUUUCUGUACGUGAUGUAAUUUGAAACCACCUAGACGUGUCUUCACUGUCCUCUCAGACCUACAGAUCUUUUGCGAAGCCUGCACAUUUGGCCUGCCUGGGCUUACGUAACUCCUACCUUUGUGAUAGUCUUUCAAAGACGUUUUUGCAACUAAUCUGAACUCUGGAGUGGUUUCCUUUUUUUUUCCAAGCAGGGGGCAAGGGAUGCUCUGGGAAAGGAUUGAUUAGGAACUUUCCCCUGGCUGACAUUCUGAAGCAUUUGCUACAAGCACCCUUAUCUGUUGCGGAAGGCAGGGUUAGGUAUACUUUGCGAUUGCACAGCACUCUCAGAAUCUCAGUCUGCAGUUAAAAUAGAGGGAAACGUCUAGCUCUCAGGUGACACUUUGGAGACACACACCCCCACCCCACCCCCGAGGAAAGUGAGCAAAAUCAUCAGUGGACAAAGGGGAGAAAUGAAGUGUUUCCCCCCCCCCCUACUGUCCAUGAUAUUUCACAUAAUAUAUGCGGCUGUGUCAGUUGCAACACAUAUUCAGAUUGCACCAUUUUGAGUCACUCUGACCCAGAAUUGGGAUUUUAGGGAGUAUAUAUGUGCAUGUUUAGCACAGAGAAGGCUUGCAGAUCUUGUGUGCUAACACACCCGCUUGUGUUUGGGUGAAAGCUCUGCAGGGAGGCGUGGGGCUGAACUGUUUCAGCUUAGUUAAGGAUUUCUAAAGACACCAGCUUGUUUUGUGUCCCUUCCCGUGUAUGCACACAGUGACUUCCUGAGCGUCUGUCUCUUAGCCAAGAGGUUACAGUUAGUAUCCUCAUGGCUGGAGUGACACGGAGAGAGACUUCAGCUACCAAAAGUUAAAGGCUCUCCAAAGCUAAGGUGAGAGUGUGGCUCAGUUCAGAAUCUAGUUGGGUGUCUCCUGAAAAAUUGCCAUCCAUCACUGCAGCAUUCUCAAAAUGCCCCAAAUGUUGCCAAACCUGUUUGUACUCAGAAGAAGAAUUUAAGUUGAGGCAUGAUUUCUAUACCACAUUUGUAGCACUGUGUCUUCCCACAUUACUGAACUGAUAUUUUGGUAGAAAAAGGAGCCCACUUGGGUUUAUAAAUUCUUUCCAAAACCAAGAUAGUUUUCUGAUACUUUAAGGUGGGCCAGAUUGUUAGCAUAUUUUGAUGAAAGCUUCUUGGUGGUGGUUGUUUUAAAAAUUUUGAAGAAUGUUUACUGUGUCCUCUAUUUAAUUCAAGAAAAGCCAGCCACCAAAUGCGUUGCCAGUGAAAUUGCUGUUCCUCCUGACAGUUUGAUCCUGCACUUACUUAACCAGAGUCGUCCUCCUUGUUCAGGUAUAUUCGCCGCUGCUGCAGUUAUCCUGUUAGUUCCAUAAGCCUUACAGUUUCCUCGCCUCUCGUCUUUGAGCCCCCAGGCCGUCUUUCUCCCUGACUGUUAAUUUUGUAUUCAGCAAUGUCUGUUCAGUUGAAUUGGGGGCGGGGGGGGGAGUAUGAGUGGGUGGGUGGGAGGAGAUAGAUUUAUUCAAGGCAAUUCAACCUGGAAGGCACAGCUGAGAAGCCUAGAAUCUAGCUCGGCCCGUUGAUCCAUCUUUCCAUUACUGCGUUUUGUGUGUGCAUGAACCGUUGGUCUCCUUGUUCUUGUCUGUGACAACCAUCCUGACCGUACAACUCCCUUCUCCUUGCUGUGACUGCCGCCUCGUCCUGCAGCCUGGGUGUGCUUUGUAUACAGUUAUCACUUGUACGUUGACAUCCAUUAAAAGAAAUGGGAAGGCUC